GGCGCUAGCAACACGCGCCAGGCUGCUCCAGGAGCUAUAUAUAGCAGGGGCGAGGCUGCAGUGAGUGCUCCGCCGUCCAGCCGUCCAGCCCGCGCUGCUGUCAAGCCUUAGACAAGCCACAGUCAAGCCACAGUCAAGCCACAGUAGAGCCGCAGACGAGCCGCAAACAUGUCACAGUACAGUCGUAGUUCUCGAACUCGCUCGUCUGCACGCUACACCAGCAGCACUCGACACCCUCAGGAGCGAGACGUCGAGCACAGCAGCAUCUCCAGCGAGGAGGAGGCGGGCUCCGGCUCGGACAGCGAGGUGCGCACACGCGUGGUGGGGGCCAGCGCCCAGGAGAUCUGGCCACGCGACCAAGUGACGGACCAGCUGAGGUCUCUGCCCGGAGGAGAGGAGCUGUGGGGACUGCUGGAGCUCGGAGAUGCCUCGAGCAUCACCGCCCACCCUCAUGCCCUCUCCACAGGUCUGCUCAUUGCAGCCUGGACCGGCAACCAGCCUGCCCUGGCUGCAGUUCUGGACGCUGGCAGCUCCCCCAACACCACCGACAUGCUGGGCCGGUGAGUUGUCAUGCCCGCUACACAGGGCUGCUCAUUGCAGCCUGGACCGGCAACCAGCCUGCCCUGGCUGCAGUUCUGGACGCUGGCAGCUCCCCCAACACCACCGACAUGCUGGGCCGGUGAGUUGUCAUGCCCGCUACACAGGGCUGCUCAUUGCAGCCUGGACCGGCAACCAGCCUGCCCUGGCUGCAGUUCUGGACGCUGGCAGCUCCCCCAACACCACCGACAUGCUGGGCCGGUGAGUUGUCAUGCCCGCUACACAGGGCUGCUCAUUGCAGCCUGGACCGGCAACCAGCCUGCCCUGGCUGCAGUUCUGGACGCUGGCAGCUCCCCCAACACCACCGACAUGCUGGGCCGGUGAGUUGUCAUGCCCGCUACACAGGGCUGCUCAUUGCAGCCUGGACCGGCAACCAGCCUGCCCUGGCUGCAGUUCUGGACGCUGGCAGCUCCCCCAACACCACCGACAUGCUGGGCCGGUGAGUUGUCAUGCCCGCUACACAGGGCUGCUCAUUGCAGCCUGGACCGGCAACCAGCCUGCCCUGGCUGCAGUUCUGGACGCUGGCAGCUCCCCCAACACCACCGACAUGCUGGGCCGGUGAGUUGA